CCCCAGGCUCCCCUUGCAUGGCAGACAAGUUGAUACGCUCGUGGACGUCUCGAGGAAUUACAUGUUAGGUGAUUUAUUUCAUUAUCCGAAACUUAAAGAUGUGAUUCAAAUGUAUAUUGACAUUACAACUGUAUACAAGUUAAAAUGUCGGAAGUCUACUGCAGCACAGGAUCAUUAACAUUUCGAGAUAGACAAUUCUAUCUAGAUGGCAAACCAUUCACGAUUCUUAGUGGAGCAAUGCAUUAUUUUCGAGUGGUACCAGAAUAUUGGACAGACCGAUUGAUGAAAAUCAAAGCAUGCGGACUAAAUACAGUAGAAACAUAUGUGUGUUGGAACCUACACGAAAAGUAUCCCAAUGAAUUUGAUUUUUCUGGUAUCUUGGAUGUACGAAGGUUUAUCAGACUGGCAGAAGAAGUAGGUUUGUAUGUAAUAUUCCGACCAGGACCUUAUAUCUGCGCUGAAUGGGAUUUUGGAGGAAUGCCUGCAUGGCUUUUGCGUGACCCUGAAAUGAAAGUACGAAGUAAUUAUAAGCCAUAUCAAGAUGCUGUUGACAGAUUUUUCAGUCAGCUUAUUCCACUAGUGUCCGACUUGCAGAAUUGUCUAAAACUGCCCGAAAAAUCAAGUGGCGGACCAAUCAUAGCAUUUCAAGUGGAGAACGAAUUUGGUUCCUACAGUAAAGAGUAUGAACAUCUAAAGUUUAUUCAUGAGACUUUGGUAAAAUAUGGUGCUAAAGAAUUAUUCUUGACCUCUGAAAAUCCUAACGGGAUUUCAAACUGUCCUUUCUACGAUCGAGCUCUUCCAACAGCUAAUUUUCCAAGCAUGAAAGUUGGGGCAGAAACCUUUGACCUGAUACGAAAGUGGAGUCCAAGCUUUCCUCUGAUGGUAACGGAAUUCUGGUCUGGCUGGUUUGACCACUGGACAUCAACACAUAAAGGACUGCCUCUUGAUGACUUUGCUCAAACACUCACAGACAUUCUUGACGCUGGAUCGUCUGUUAACAUGUACAUGUUCCAUGGAGGUACAAAUUUUGGUUUCAUGUCUGGUGCCAAUAGAUUUCCAGAAUCAACAUAUAAACCUGAUGUCACCAGCUAUGAUUAUGAUGCACCAUUGAGUGAGGCAGGAGAUGUUACAGCAAAAUAUCUUAAAGCAAGGGAUAUCAUAUUCGAAAAAAUAUUGAAACCACAAGGCAUCAAUAGUUUACCAACAAUUCCACCGAAUACACCAAAAGCCAGUUAUGAUUCAAUAGAAAUAAAAGAGUAUCUAUCCCUGGAUUCAAUCCUAACAUAUUGCAAUGAAAAGGUAGAAUCCUCUAAACCAAUAAACAUGGAAAAUCUACAGAUUCACAAUGGUUUUGGACAAAACUAUGGUUAUAUUCUAUACAGAACUACAAUUGGUAAAGGCAGAACGCUCAGAUUUGAGAAACAGCCUACGGAUAGAGCACAGAUUUUUAUUGAUGGCAUACAGAAUGGUGUAUUAGACUGGCGAGAAGCUUCUGUAGAACAAGAGGUCAACACAGAAAAGGAAAACAACACUCUAGAUAUUUUGGUUGAAAAUCAUGGGAGAGUGAAUUAUAUCGAAAUUGGCGAAAGUCUAUUAAAUGAGCAAAGGAAAGGUAUAACUGGUAAUGUGUAUCUUGAUGAUAACCUCAUUAGUAUCUGGACCAUCAUACCAAUGGAAUUUGAGAGUGAUUUUGUUCAAAGUGUAUUGCACGGUAGCAACUGGACAAGUUCUCAUGGAAAAGAUAUCCCAGUCUUAUGUAGAACAAUUUUAACUAUUAGGGACACACCCAAAGACACAUUUCUUCAUCUAAGCGAAUGGGGUAAAGGAAUUGUAUUCAUAAAUGGAUUCAAUCUUGGUAGAUAUUGGAGUGAAGGCCCACAAAGGACAUUGUAUGUACCAGCUCCGAUUCUAAAAACUGGUGAUAAUCGGGUUUUGAUUUUUGAGCAUCAACAAAUUGGAAAGAAGGUGGCGUUUGUAAAGGAACCAAUACUCAAAUGAAACACUUUGCUCUUUCGAUUACCAGAUGUUGUAACAAUACUAUGUAUAUUUAAUAACUACGCUGGCUAAUAAUAAAAUCUUAAUUGAAAAAAAAUAUAGAAGAAAAAAUCAGUGAUAUUUAUUUCUAAAUCUCAGAAAGUAACUCUGCAAUGCUACCCUUUUCAACUAGAAUUUGAUUUGUCAAGCUCAUUUUCUUAAUUAGUUAAUAAUAUUUCAUAGUACUAGUAGUUAUCGUCCGUCUCUGUAACUACAUUAUCCAGUUCACUUACACUUUAUCACUUAUAUUUCUGAUUUUUUUCCACGGAAAAAUCUUAGACAAAAAAAAUAACAUGCAGAUUUACCAACAUUUUUUUGUGUGUUCAUAUUCAUAUACAUGUAUACUGAUUGUAAAUGCUGCUAUAUGGCCGUUAGUUUUCUUGUUUGCAUUGUUUAAC